AUGGACUAUUUGAUUCGACACUUGGUUGACCAGCCAAGGUAUAAUCUCUUGCACGAGUCCGCAGAAGGUUAUUCAAAGGUUAUCACUAUUCUUUCAGACGUUGCAGGUUCUGAAUUCUCUAAAUUUCAAGUAUCUGCCGUUCUCAAUUCGAUUGACAUUUGCAUAGGUCAUUUCAACUUAGACACAACUAUGGUCUUGAACUUAAUUAUUUGUAUUGGUGCUGAAUUUUCCACCGUGAACUACAGAUUCUUCUUGGAGUUGUUGGAAAAUUCGCAAUGGUUCCCAAAGGUCAAGUCUGAGAUCUCAUCUUUGGAAUCGUUAAACGAAGGAGGCAGCGAGGAUGCAGUUAGAUUCAUAGCCUCCAACUUACGUGUUCUUGCCAAAACUCCGUCUAGUGAUGAAGAGUUGAAGCGUUUCAUGAGAUUUACCUGUAUGCUUAUGAAAAUUGGAUUCAUUUCGUUUGGUGCCUUGUACAAGUUGUUGGGGCCUAGCUCAGAAGUGAUGCUUACAUUAUCAGAGAAAAUCAAACAAAACAUUGACGAGGAGAUUUUCAAAGCUUCAGCAAAUGCUUUAGCUCUAAGUGGACCGUUAGCUGAUGAUGAAGAUGACGAAGAAGAUAACAAGACCCAGUCAACCGAAAGCCAGGAGAAAAGUGCAGAGCAGUGCGACGUGAAUUUCAAACUUCUCUUACUGAAAUCACUACUUGAGAAUGGCUUGUAUUUCCCUUCCCUAUACAUUUUGGUUGAAUAUCCAACAUUGGCUUUUGCAGAUGAUGAAGUACCUAAGCUUAUUCUGAGAAUUUUCAAGCAUAUGAUUGAACCGUUCCUUUGCCAGGAGCAGAUUCUAUCCGAGGAACAAUCAAGGAAACUUACAACACCUUUGGUUAAAGAUCUCGCGAGACAUGAUGAUAUCAAGGAGGUGUCGUAUCCCUUGAGCAAUGGACGCUUUGUGUGUUAUUUUUACAGAGAGUGGACAGAAGGUUUACCUUCUGUUGAAAAUGAGGAAAGUUUGAUCAAGUACUCCAAUGAGUUUUUAUCCUUUGUUGGUGCAAAAUUGGGAGAGGAUUUCUUAUUAGUCUCAAAAAUCUGCAAAGCUAUCACGGCCUUCCUCAAGAAGACUAAAAACUCUAAAAGUUACGAAAAGGAACUAGAAACUUGGUUUGAAUAUUACAGGAAGUUUAUAUUCCCAGCACUGAGUUUUGGUCAUGAAAAUCCUAUCCUUGUCCAUGACUCAUUCCAACUGCUCGUCCUAUUUCCUGUGGCCUGGCGUUAUAACCUAUAUGGUGAACUACUGAGGGUUACCUCAAAAAAUAACCAGUUUGUGAAGUUGAAUUACUCCAAGGCUGAGAAGCAGACCAAAGAUGUCUUGAAGAGAUUGACCACAACUAAUGUUAAAGAGACUAUGAGACGAUUGGCAAAGAUCGCCUUUGCCAAUCCACUUCCUGCGUUCUCUGUGAUCUUGAACCAGAUUGAGAGUUAUGACAACUUGACAGAUUUGGUGGUUGAUUCUGCACGUUACUUCAACGAUUAUGCGUGGGAUGUGUUACCAUUUGCUAUUUUAACACGACUGACUCAACGCAGGCAAGCACUUCAAGAUGAUGGAAUCAAUGAUUCAACAUGGUUACAAUCGCUGUCCGUAUUCAUUGGAAAGAUUUCAAAACAUUAUAAAGAACUUGAAUUAGACACCAUUUUGAUGUUCUGCACGAGGUCACUCCACCAUAAGGAUCGUGUCGGACUCACUGUCUUAAAGCAAUUGAUUGCGCAUAUGGGAGGUAUCCAGCGUUAUACAAACUUGAUUCCUAGUCAGAUCAAGUUUUUGAACAGCGGAUUAGCUUUGCAGAAAGUAACACGCAAAACAAUUUUGGAUACCAGAGAUGAAUCAAUUAAUAGUGGAUUGAGACUAAUCAAUUCGAUGCGCAGGUCUGGAGAUCUCAACGAGUUAUUCAUCUUGUUACACAAUUACCACGUGUCAGUUAUACGUGAUUCCGAUGAUACUAUACCGUUCAAGGUGUUAUGUGAUCAUUCUGAUGAGUCAGCAGCUGUUUUACACACGUUUUGUCAGAUGAUUACUUUCUUCAGUCACAGCGCAAACUAUGAUUUGUUUCAACAUUAUAUUGCACCUUUGGAUGACAUGAUCUCAGAGUACAACAUCGGUGUUGCUUGGGCAUUUGAAUUAUGGAGAUCUAAGCUUCCACUUGAGUUUGAUGCCAAUCUUGAAUCUACGAGUAUCGAUUUGACAGAUUUAUCAAAAACUCUCUUCAAUGACUUCUGGAAGCUGAGCUUGUAUGACAUCAACUUCGAUGCUGACGUUUAUACUGCAGAACUAGCAAAAGUGACUGCACAAAACAAGAGUAUUGAGAAAGAAGUUAAGAUAACUCUCAUGGAUAUCCGUGAAAAGAAUAGCAGAGAAAAUGUUAGGUUGAGAGAGAGAUUGCAGAAGAGUCAUAAGAUUAAUAAUGAGGUGAUCAAUGGCUUACCUCGUGAUCUAGAAAAACACAGACAACACUCAGAACUAAUUUCAAAUACUAUUGAUGAUCAUCGCUCACUAUGGUUCUCAUCCGAAGAGCCUACAGAGAAUGAAAUCGAGGCAUUUAUCCAAUUUUGUGUCAUUCCACGUGUUACACAUUCCGAAAGUGGUGCUAUAUUCAGUGCUACUUUCAUUAGCACUCAGCUAAGUAUGUUCAUUUCCAAAGCAGUGCUCAAUAAACUCUUUGAAAGUGGAAUACUUGGAACUUUGUUAUACUCGUCAACUCCAAUUGAGGCCGAGAAUAUUGGACUGUUUGUCGGGGAAGUUAUUGGCUCGUUCCAACGUAAGAGCGAGGUUGACCUAAAGAAGUCCUCUUUCCACUGGUUACAGGAAAUUGUGCCUGUGGUAAAGAACAAUCUGAUAUACGUCGAAAGUUAUAUGGCAAGGAGAAACACUUUAACAUUCCUCAAGAAUUUAAUUCCCAUGAUAACCACCAAGACAAUAGGAAUUAGUCUUCAUUCAAUUGUGGAAGAGGUGGGGAAAAUUGAAACUAGAGAUGAUUUGAAGCUUGCAUGCUCUGCCGUCUUUGCAUUACUUCAAGGGUCUUCUAAAAACUGGGUUAACAUUUGGGACGUCGUUGAGCUUGAUGAACAGGAGCGCUCCCUCCUUGAAGCAGAGUCCGAAAAAAUACUUCGCAGACAAAAACUUGUGAAAGAGGAAGAGAAACGUCUGCUGGCAAAGAAAGCUGAAGAGGAACGUGCUAUUAGGCUUGCCGAAAUC